AUGAACAACAAGGACAGCAAGAAGAGAACGAGAAAGCUCAGGCCAGACAUCCAAUCGAGGUUCAUCAGGCCGGGGGACGUGGUGAUCCCAGGAGCGUGGUUAAACGAGUUACUCAACAGUCAAUUCGACACGGCGCUGGUAGCCGAGCGAAUUCGUCGAUACCUGUUCGACACAGCACAAGAUCAGGCCGGAUUCGAGAGGGAAACUAAAGCGAGGAACCCCAAGCGUGUGAGUUUCCACGAACAGCGAAGGCGAUUCGAGUACUUUCCCGACGACGAGACGGAAGAAGUUCCCUUCGUGGAAGUCGAGCCGACCGAGCCGGCAGUCAGGCCCAAGGGGCUGACACUUUCGCAGCCGCUCUACGAGGUAUGGCCAGAAGAAUCGAGGGAUAAACGAGUCAAAGCACUGGUGGACUUCGAGGAGGAGUACGGAUGCGAGGUCGGACUCGGGGGUCUCGAGGACGAAUUCGCGGACAUCCGAGUCGACCUACCGUUAGACCUGCGUAUCGAGAGGAGGCCGAGCGAGAACUCCGAGGAGAAUAAGUCGGAUGAGGCUUGCGGAGGAGUCGAGAAAAUCGUUGACGAAAAGGAAAGCGUCAAGGUUCACGAGAAGAUCGAUCCGCGAGUACAGCGAUUCCGGGAUACGAGAAAGCGGAUCGAGUCGCAGCGGUGCACCAGUUGCUGGUCGCCAGAUCACCGCGCCGGCGAGGUUUUUUGUCGGGCGACGAGAGAGACCUGCUACUAUUGUAGACAGGUCGGGCAUUUCUCAAGGACGUGCGCGCAGAAAGAGCGCGACGUAUGCUACAGGUGUAACGAGUACGGUCAUCUCAAAAGAGAAUGUGACCAAUGGCACGAGCUUAUUAAGCACCUCAAUUGA